AUAUAUUCAUAUAAUUAAUUAAAAAUUUUUAAUAUAAAUUUAAAUAUAAAUUUUUAUUUUAUAAAUAAAAGAUUGUAAUUAUGAGUGAGGAAUCUGAUUCUGUUGUGAUAAUUAAAGCAAAAUCAGUUCGUAAGAUAUUUAAAGCUCCAAUAAAAAUAAAUAAAAUUCCUGAAGAAAUUUUAAAUGACCCAUUAUUAAAUGCGGCAAUUGUUGCAUUACCUUCUAAUUAUAAUUUUGAAAUACAUAAAUCAAUAUGGAGAAUUAAAGAAUUGAAAGUGAAAAAAGUUGCAUUACAAAUGCCUGAAGGACUUUUAAUGUAUGCUACAACUAUAGCUGAUAUUAUAGAAAAUUUUACAGGUGCAGAAACUAUUAUAAUGGGAGAUGUUACUUAUGGAGCAUGUUGUAUAGAUGAUUAUACUGCGAAAGCAUUAGAUGCAGAUUUUUUAAUUCAUUAUGGACAUUCUUGUUUAAUACCAAUUGAUCAAACUGUUGGUAUAAAAGUACUUUAUAUAUUUGUUAAUAUCAAAAUUGAUACUUCACAUUGUAUUGAAUGUUUACAAACUACAUUACCAGUUACAACGAAAAUUGGACUUGUAAGUACUAUACAAUUUGCUGGUGCAUUACAAAUAAUUGCAAUGGAAAUGAGAAAGAAUGGUUAUGAAGUAUCUACUCCACAAAGUAAACCAUUAAGUCCUGGCGAGAUUUUAGGUUGUACAGCACCACAAAUUCGAUGUGCUGAUGUAGUUAUUUAUAUAGGAGAUGGCAGAUUUCAUUUAGAAGCAGCAAUGAUUGCUAAUCCAAAAUUACGAGCAUUUCGAUAUGAUCCUUAUGAAAAGAAAUUGACAGAAGAAUUUUAUAAUCAUGAUCAAAUGCUAGAAAAUAGAUUAACAGCAAUUAAAUAUGCAAAAAAUAUUAGAAGAUUUGGAUUGAUACUUGGUACUUUAGGAAGACAGGGAAAUCUUAAUGUUUUGAAGAAUUUUGAAAAUAAAAUUAAUUUAUUAGGAAAAGAAAAUGUUAUUAUAUUGCUUUCAGAAAUAUUUCCAGAUAAAAUUAAAUUAUUUAAGAACAUUGAUGCUUUCAUACAGAUUGCAUGUCCACGAUUAAGUAUAGAUUGGGGAACAGCUUUUGAAAAACCAUUUCUUACACCAUAUGAAGGAGCAGUUGCUUUAAAAAUGAUAAACUUUAACAAUGAUAAACCAUAUCCUAUGGAUUUCUAUGCUUCAACUAGUCUUGGACCAUGGACUCCUAAUUAUAAAGAAUCUGAAUUAGAAAAACAAAUUGACACUUGUUGUGGUAAAUGUAAAGAUAAAGCAUAAAUAAAAAUCAAUUAAUGUUUAAUUUAAUAUUAUUAAAAAAUGUUAUUUUUUUAUUUAAAACUAUAUUUUUGUAUUAUAAUUUGAUAAAAAUUAUAUUACUAUAUAUAUUUAUUUAUUAUUAUUCAAAAAGUAAUUAAUAAUAAAAUCAGAAUUUUAAUGAUUUUUUUAAACUUUUUCUAUGAAGAAGUUAUAAUAACUUUUUAUUAUAAUUUAAUAAAAAAAAUAUUUGUUAUUUUUUGCUUUAUUUUUUACGAUAUAUUUUAAUAUAUUUAACUUAUAUAAAGCAUAAUUUAUAUUUAAUUAAUAAUAAUUAAUAAUUUUAUGUAUCGUAUAUUUAUUAUAUUUAAGUAAUUUCUAUUUUAUGUAAUUUACGAUAACAUAUGAUUACAAUAAUAUAGAAAGGCCCGCGUGGGCGAAUUACGUCAUACGCCCACCUGUAGCCACACAUAUAAAAUCCUCUUUUGAUUUGUACAAUAGGUGUAUAAUACAAAUAUGAUUAUUAUACAUUGCAUAAAUUUCUCUAUA